AUGGGUUUGGCCUCUGAACGUCUCUGUGAGAGCAAAGCCUACACUCAACCCAGUGCCACACCUACAACUCAGACCCCAAAACCACGCCCACACCACAGGUACCACCCAAUACCUGGCACACACCACCGGAAACCACUCAUUCACCAUUCACUCCCUCCAAAACCAUGCCAGUGUCAACCAGUGCCACUCCCACACCACUCUCACAGCCAAAAAAGUGCCACACUGCAGAUUCCACCCAUUACCACACCCAAACCACAGAUGCCACCCAAUACCAUGCCCACACCAAGCAAAACCACUCCCCCACUACAGAUACCACACAAUAUCACACUUACAUCACUCAAAACCACACUCCCACUGCAGAUACCAACUGGUACCAUGCCCACUCCACCCAGUGCCUCACCUACAUCAAAUAGCCAGACCCAAGCCAUGCCUAGACACGACCUCACACUCCAUCCCAAAAACUCAGACUCCACCCAAAACCUGCCAAAAAUUAUUCCACACUGCAGAUACCAUGCCAAAAGCAACCCCACACCACAGAUGCCACCUAAUACCAUGCCCCCACCACCCAAAACCACUCUCCCACUGCAGAUACCAACCAAUACAAAGCCCACACCACCCAAAAUCAUGCCCACACAGAUGUCACCCAAUACCAUGCCCACACAACCAAAUAACACUCCCACACCAAAGAAACCACCCAGUACAUUACCCACUUAA